UAGGUGGACCCUGCUAAAGGCUAGUCGUCUGACAACUACCACUCUUGCCGUGCAGUCUGUACCAUCCCUUCGAGUUGUUCUGUUGAUUGAGGCAAAGGUUUCAUUCGAACUGAAAAUGACAUCACACUACCUGCUAGUGGCUGUGGUGUGGGUGGUAACUGGCGCCGUGACCAAUGACAGUCCGCAUUUCUUGGAACCUUCCCUCGUCGGCCACGUCAACAGUGCCACAACUGCCUUUAAAGAGGCACUGGCAUCACGUUCCAAAGUUCAGGCUAAGAGAGAAGAGCAUUCCUUAGAACCAGUGCUGGGUGUCACCGAUGUAUCUUUGUGGCCAGGGAUGGAGGGCAACGUUGUCAAACGGUCUGCUUACUCCGGCUAUGGCUGCCCACCACGGGAAACUGUCACACUCCCGGUGUACAUUCCGACGAGAGAAGUCUGUAGAGAUAACACUGUGACAGUGACAGCGUACCAGACCAUUGUCUCACCACCUUGUAGGUGUGAUACCUGCUCCUACUCACCCUCUAGGAACUUUUGUACUUGUUUGCCUGUUGCUGGCUGUGGCUGGGAUCCUCUGUAGUACAUAAAACAACGUAGGAAAAUGAAAACACGCGAAUAUACGGAAGACCAUUUCGCUAUAUUGCUUUUUCUAGCCUUGUUGAAACAAUAUAGCAAAGAUUUCUACUGGAAUAUUCGUAUUUUUCUCGUGUUUUAUUUGCAUCUUGUUCAUUAAGAAUCCUUCUCUCAGAGCACAUGUAAAGGCCAUAUGACACGAGAGCAAAUUAUCGUGUACUUGUAAAACAUUCUACAGGUUAGUCAUAUAAUUUCUACAAAUAUGUACAGAUUAUUGCGUACAGAUUAUCAAAAUACAGUUAACCAUAAUAUUACAAGCCCAAGCACACGGAGGUUCUCAAAUAAAUAUCUAGAUUAUAAUAAAGGCUAAUAACAUGGAAGUCAAUGAUUAUCGCCCAUCUGCCCUGGCGUAAGCAAAGGGAAAGAGGCCAGCCCCAUUCUUGCUCAGUUUUGGUGGACAAUGAAGAUCCAGAGUGGAGAUUUGUUAAAUGAAAUUGCUGUUUGUAGAUUGUGGAAAGUACACAAAAAUUUUCCCUCAUGUGAUGGUCCCUUAACCCAUUGGUGCCGGGUAUGACGUGUACGUACGUGCUAAGCCCACUGUGAGUACUUGUUUGAUUGUUUUUACGCAUAGAUGGCAACACUUGUAUUAACUCCCAAUGAGCCAACUGCGAGUACCGCCCGUCUCGCCCGUUUACCCGUUUCUUUGAUUUACAAAAUAUUUUACGUUAUCUUAUUUUUCCGUUACUAAUGUUAAAAAACAUUAUAAAAAUUUUAAUGUUUAUGAUAAAAAUAACACCAUCGAUUUUCAUAGCACUAGUGAAAAAUACGUUUUUCCCGCCAUUUCAAAUCAGGCGCUAGCAGAGCCAUCUAUCGGCAGACAUUUUACGAAAAACAUUGAAAGUGGGCACAGCAUUUUCCCCAUUUUUUUUUCAUUUUCCCCGGCGGCAUUGGGUUAAUCGCUGUAUGUUAUUCUUGUAUGAAUUUUAUAAUAUCCUUACCAUACACGUGCUUGUAUUUUAUGUUAUUUUAUACAGACGGAAUUUAUAUCCUUUGAUUUCAUGGUGUUGGUUUUCAGAAUAGGAUUUUUAGAUAGAUAAUUAAUCUAUAGGAUUCUGUGAAGCUACUGUUUUGAUGUUAUCAUUAAGAAUAUUUUAUGUAACCAAUAAAUUUUAGAUGAACA